AUGGGAGUCCAAACCGGGUGUGAGGCUUCAUGGUGUAGAUUCUUCCCUACUACUCUCAAGGGCAUAGCCCAGACAUGGUUCAACAACCUUACCCCCAGGAGCAUAAGGACGUUUGACAUGUUAGCCACUCAGUUCAAAAAGCACUUCAUCGCUGGGAGUAGGCAAACAAAGACUAGCGUUCAUUUGAUGACGGUGAAGCAAGAGGAGAAUGAAAGUCUUAAGGACUACAUCAAGAGGUUUAACACUAAGUCUCAGCUCAUCCCCGACCUCCAAGACAAUGUUGCUUUCACAGCCCUUCUCUUUGGGCUCAAGUCCAACAAGCUGAAAUUUGAACUUGUCCAUGACAAGGUGAGCACCUUCUCUGAAGCUAUGGAGAGAGCUGAAAGGAUCAUUGAAGCUAGUGAGGUGUGCAAGGCACCCGUGACAAACAACAAGGGGAAGAGAAAGCAAGAAGAUAAUUAUCAUGACAACCGGAAUAGAAGGCCGAGGAGGGCUGAAAGUGAUGAUGAAGGACUUAAGUACAAUGCUGACAGGCGUGAGAUCUACUUGGACAUAAAGCAUAAGGCUAUUCUUCCUAAGCCUAACCCCAUGAACACACCGAUAGAGCAAAGGAACAAGAAGCUUUGGUGUGAGUACCACAAGGAGUGUGGCCAUACCACCCGGAACUGCAGAGAGCUUAAGAGAGCCCUUGACAAGCUAGCUGAAGAGGGAAAGCUUAACAGAUAUCUUAAGUCUCCCCCGAAGGAUAAGCAAAGCAAGGCCGCUAAGGAAGUACAGGAAGCUCAUAGUUCAGCUGACACUAACCUGAGCAUCAAUGUCAUAGCCGGAGGGUUUGCCUCCGGGGGCUUGUCUAACAGGGCACGCAAGAGUCAUUUGCGGUCGCUCGAAGGGCCCAUCUAUGAUAUCGGCACCCCCUCAUCUGCCCCGAAGGACCCUCUCAUGGUAUUCGGGGGAUGA